AAAAGGUGUCAAGAAGGAGGAGGGAUCCAAUGGAGGUCUCAGAGAAGAUCAAGUAUAAAUGCAGAGGGUAGCAGGUAAUCUGGAAUCAAUCUGGUUGUAGAAAGUCAGGAUUCAACCACAAAAUGAAUAUUAUUUUGUUCCUGUUCCUUGGAGCUGCAGCUGCAUCUCCUCUGGAUGACAAGAUUGUGGGAGGCUAUCAGUGUGAAGCCCACUCUCAGCCCUGGCAGGUCUCCCUCAAUAUUGGCUACCACUUCUGCGGGGGCUCACUCAUUAAUGACCAGUGGAUUGUCUCUGCUGCCCAUUGCUGGCAAAACCCCUUUUCACAGAUUGCCAUCUUGGGCGACAACCACAUCUGGAUGCAUGAAGGUACUGAGCAAUUCAUGGCCAUUGAUGCCAUCUACUGGCACGAGAGUUACGAUUACCAGACCCUUGACUAUGACAUCAUGCUGAUGAAGCUGGCACAUCCAGUGACUAUCAACAAGUAUGUGAAGCCUGUUGCUCUUCCCAAAGAGUGUCCCACACCUGGCGACAUGUGCAUGGUGUCUGGAUGGGGAAACAUCUAUACUGAUCAAGUGUUCAACCCAUUUUACCUUCAGUGCGUGGAAGUUCCCAUCUUGUCCAAGAAGGAAUGUGAAGACUCCUACCCUGGCAUGAUCACUGAGCAAAUGCUGUGUGCAGGAUACCUGGAGGGAGGCAAGGAUGCUUGUCAGGGGGACUCCGGUGGUCCUCUGGUGUGUAAUGGGGAGCUGCAGGGAAUUGUGUCUUGGGGUCAGGGCUGCGCUCAGCCUAACUACCCAGGUGUUUACACCAAAGUCUGCGCUCUCCUGCCCUGGAUCAACAAGACUCUUUCCAGAUACAGCUAAGGCUGUGAUGUCACAGGAUGAACGGGAAAUGAAGGGAAUGAAACUGAACAGACAGAAUCAGAAGGAGCUUGAAGGUGGUGCCAGAAGAAAGAAUUAGCAACAGAGCAGCAAAGAAAGGCUAUAAAUGGAACCAGGCGGGGAGAAAAAUAAAAACAGAUGUGACAUUGUGUGACAGUAUAAUCAAUAAAAUCUUUAAAGAAUG